AUGCAAUACAAGAACAAAGUCCUGAGGAUUCUCCAGCUGCCGCACCUAUUUGUCGGAUUCACAGAGUCCUUUCAUCUGAUAGGAUAUCUUGUGAACACCAACCGGGAGCUCUCGCCCCUCUACCGUGCAGAGCAUGCAUCGAUAAAUUCAGAACACGACAUUCUGGAUAUCAUAGGCAUACUGGCUAUUCCAAACCAUGAUAGAAUAGUGUUUUCUGAAGUGUAUGAAAAGAAGAUGCUUAGCAUGUUGCAUGAUCAUUCCAUCCGCUUCCAUGUGGCACCAUUCCCAGAUGGAUUCUCGCCCCGUGGGUCUCUAGCCACUAUUGGGGCUGCACCUCUGCACGACUUCAUGUUCCCUGCCCCUUGUGCUGCCAUUGAGGUUACACCUCUUAUAUAUCAAUUCCCACCUCCUGUUACUCUCGCUGCCAUUGAGGCCGCACCUGUCGCAUAUGAACUCGAGGCUGCGCCUUUUCAACACUCAAUCUCUCCUGCUGAUGGGUACCCAGACAAUUUGAUGUUCGACGAUUACCAAAUGGCUUUCAAUGCGCCUGUUGGAUAUGCCGACCAGACCCCCAUUACUCCAACGAUUGUGCUCCACAACCGGCUCAUCUGGAAAGCCAUCACCGAAGCGCUGAAAAACACUCCCUGGAAUCGCCCCAUAUUUUUGACGAAGUGUCUCUACCUUGGAAGCCUUUGGGUCGGACUACAAAACCCUUGGAACCUUCCUGACCAACAAUACAGAUGGCUCAUCACCAGCUGCUUUGUAAUGGUGAUAGCUCUCAGCGGAACAACAAUGGAUGAAUUACAUGAUAAACUGGUGACAGUGGCAAAGGGUGGCAUGGAACUGGCAUCCAUUGGAUGGGAGACCCUUCGCCUCACUUUGCCUUUUUUACACAAAGUGAACAUCUUCCCAAUGGAACCCAAGAGCCUAAGACCAAGAACUUGCAUGAACGAGACGACACCGUUAUAUGAAGAUCUUGAGCCCAUCACCAAAAUGGUCCACAAUCUCACCACUCUUCCAAACGCAGAAUUCACUGCCAAUGAUGGAUAUAGUAAUGACAUGAUCAUUAAGGAUGAGGCCUUGAGCGCUCUACAAAACCAGAUCUCAAAGAUGUCUUGUAUGGUACACACAGCAUGUAUGGAACCAUUACCCGUAAAAGACGGAAAAGUUUUGUGCCACUCAAGUAUGGAGCCUAAAGUUUAUCAGACGCAAGUUGACAUAUGGAUGGAUUCUAAUGUCGUUGCGCCUCACUUGCUGGCAGGAAUCAAAAACAGUUUCAUCCUCGCCGUUAGUAAAGUGAAAUCAGCGCUUCGGUACAUCAUGAUAAUUGUCACCAUUCGCGCGAUAAUCGACUGA